UUUUCAAUUUUUUUUUUUUAAGUUGAAUAAUUAAAUUUUCCCUUAUUUUACAUAUAUAAUAUUGAGAAUCUUGAAAAUGGAAAUUGAUUUUCUGGGUCUCAACUCAUCAACAACAGCCAGGCCUUCUGACAAUAUAGAGGAACAGUAUGGUUUUAAGGAUGCUGCAAUAUUCUCCGCAGCGAAUUUGGGAGUUGAGACAUCUUUGUCUCUUAGUACGGCUCCUUCACUUUCUUGCAAAACGGAGAUCCUAAAUUUCUCCGAGAAAAAGGAAAAGAAAUUGGCUGAAUUCUACUAUCUCAACCAUACAUCGACCCAGUUAAGGAAAGCAUCUCAAAUUCCAGCUGAGGCUGCUUUAAUAUCCAUGAUCACCGACAAUUUACAAGAAAAGGCUGCCCCCAGACUUUCUGAUCAUGCAAGAAUCUGCCGCACAAUACCUGGUUAUACUCCGACAGUGGCUAUGGCUCGAAGGGCAACUCUGGCCAGAUUUUUGGAAAAGCGAUUGCAUAGAAUGAACAAAGCAAGGAAAGCUCAUAUCAUGGGGAAGUCGAUAAAUGCCGCAAACCGUAUGGUUAAGAGUUGAUGAUAUGUGGAAGAUAUUGUACCAAGACUGCUACACGUAGGAUCAACUUUAGUAGUUUUCAGCGCAAAUUCUACCGAGUCAUUGCUUUUGUAUGUUCAUAUAUAUAGCAACUUUAUACGAACAAUAUGUAAGUACUGGAUGGAAGUGGGAACACAACAAGAUAGACUAUUUAGAGCGUUGUCUUUUGAUGUACACGUUUGCUAUACUUGUUAUUCAUUUUGGGUUUACUUUUCCUAUAGCAUAAAGAGAAUUUACAAUAAGGUAUAAUUCCCUAUUAUUGUUUAAUCAUUCUUGGAUAUUUAUGAGGCAUUCACUAACAUAUGUCCUCUAUUUAUUGCAAUCAGAAGUUGUAUUUAUUAUUA